GCAACACCAACUCUCGCUCACUCUCAUUAAUUUAUGAUGUGCACUCCCAACAACUUCACUCCACUCAAAAUUAAAUUAAUCGUCCAAAUUUUUUUGAAAAUUUGGACAAAGAUAUGAUCUUUCCUACUAUUUUCAACAAACCCACCCAAGCAGAUUUGCAAGAUGAGAUCAAAUCAACUAGUACUAGUACUUCUGCAACUUUUAUUCAUCUUCUCCAUUAAUCUAGCAAAUGCCAAGUCCACCAUAGAACCAUGUUCCUCCGCAGACUCCUGCUCCUCCCUCCUCUCCUACAUCCUCCCAUGGGACUCGAAACUCUCCGAAAUCGCCUUCCGCUUCCAACUAAACGUCUUCGACGUCCUGGCCGCCAACUCCAUCAACUUAACCAUUCCGUUCCCUGGAAACCAAAUUCUUAAAGCGAAAACCCAACUAAAGAUUCCCAUUUCGUGUCCAUGCGUGGACGGCAUCAGGAAGUCCGUUUUAACGUACACCGUCCACGCGGUGGACACGUUGGAUCUGAUAGCGGAAGGGUACGGCGGGCUUGUGAGCGCCGAGCAGAUUAGGAGUGUGAACGGGAUUGGCGCCAAGAAUCCGUUGACGGGCGGGCAGAGCGUUUUGGUGCAGUUGCCAUGCACAUGCUUUAAUAAUAGUAACAACGGGGUUGCUUCUGUGUACAUGUCGUAUGUGGUGCAGAGCGGGGAGAGCUUGAGCGGCAUUGGCGGAGAGUUUGGGGCGACUGUGAUGGAGUUGGUGAGCAUCAAUGGGCUCGGUCAACCAACGGUUGAUCCUGGUGACAUAUUGGCUAUUCCAAUUUCAGCAUGUUCAUCAGCAAAUUUGAACUGGUACAAUGAGAGCUUAAUAGUUCCAAAUGGUUCAUACGCCUUAACUGCCAACAACUGCAUAAAGUGCUUUUGCAGAUCAACCACUCUCAACUUGCAGUGUUCCCCAUCUGGCAUUGUCCCCUCAUGCUCUCACCUGCAAUGCAAAGACUCCGAUGUCUUCAUCGGCGAUGUGUUAACCAAACCAACAGCAUUCGGUUGUAAUGUCAGCACAUGUGUGUACCGAGGCCACAGUGGCCGCAAGAUUUUCAGGAGUUUGGAAAAUUCUUCUCAUGCCAAUUGCUCAGAUGUACAGGAUUACGGCGCAGUUUCACCAGAGCAAUCUUCUAAUCCUGUAAUCCCAUAUAUAUCUUUACCUCCGUCAGCAUCACCAUCUUCUUAUCCACCCAUGGGAAUUGGUGCUUAUGGACCUACGAGUACACACAACCCCAAUAUCCCUAAUCACAGCAGAUUGCUUACUCAAUCUUCAUACUACAUUUUGUUGGUUAUCCUUGCCCUCUACUUUUUCUUGUGAUAAAAUUAAUCGAUGCCAAUUCUAAAUGUCCCCAUGUAAACUUUUUGUUCUUUUGAUUCAUAUUUUUCAAUUAGAUGCUCAAUCCAACCAAUGAAAUGGCAUAAAAUGUCGGAAGCAGCAACAUUUGCAAUGUACUAGGUUACUGCCCCUUCUCA